AGUUCGCCUGUCCGGUUAGGGGCACCUGUGCCAUGUUCUGCCAUGGCAAGCGUCGUCAUGUCUGUUCCUUUGCGUGGAUGCGAUUUUUCUUGUCCUGUUUGCUGGCAAUAGCUGCGGCGGUGUGUGGCUGCUGUCUGCUCCUCGCGCCGAGCGCGGAGAAAGAAGUACAUAGAACGGCAUUGAGGCGCGCUGCCUCCCAUGCCAGCGGCCACGCGAGUGCUCGUUUUCUUCAGGAGUCCGCAAGUGCGUCUCAACCGCCCCUCUCCCCCGCAAGUGGUGCUCCCGCGGCACUGCCGCCAGCAACUGCCACUCCGGCGGCACCAUCGAGGGCAAACGCUGAUCCAGGGACGCAGCCGGACUACGGUUUGCUGCCCCUGCGUCCAAACUUCAUGCUAAAAGGCUCGGUCAGGCUCGUACGAUCCCAUCCCCCCAGGGCUGAUUCGUCCGCCGACGAAGAAUGUCACUCCGAAAUCAAGAACCUCGUGAUUUCACCAUUGCAUGUCCUGUAUUAUGUCCUGGAGCAGUACUGUUCCAAAGACGGUAGCGACACCCAUCGUGAGGUCUCGAUCAGAAACGUUAGCUUACUGCAGGGCCGUGCCAGCGAUGAUUCUAUGUCCCCACAUACUGACGAAGGGACAGUAAGUUACAUGUGGCCAUUCGACCAACCGAACGGCUCCAGAAUUGCGAACGGGACCGAUUCCGGAGUAACAGAAAGUCUACCUUAUGUGUCAGGCAUGGGUCUGUCUAGGGAUGGAGCACAUCUCCUGCUGAGUGUCAGAAGAUUCAAGGAACUACUGUAUGGGAACGGCUUCCAUGCCGAAAAUCUCAGCAUGCUUAUUUCUGUGUCUCUUUCUGACGGCUCUCGCUCAUCAAUCUGGCAGAGGUAUUUCGUCACGUCUCUGGCUGUGGACAACACGAGCAUACUUGUGAACACAGUGUACCAGAGGGAUUUCUAUUCAAUAAAUUCCAUCGAGGUCGACGACUCGGGACGUCCGAUGUGGGGAACUAAACCGGGCGAAGACUUUUUGGCGAAAUCGGAGCUGGACGUGGUGUUUCAAUCCCAAAGCGUUGUUGCGAACGGUACUUGCCUCUACUAUGCGCAGAUGCCAGGGGGUGAAGUGUGGGGACAAAUUAGUGUAAAGACCAACCUCUACUUCCCUGAGCGGUCAAGGAUUUUGGAUGGUGGACAACGUGCGAAUGACAUAGUGGCCACUCCGGACGGAUGCAAUGUGUUUGUGGCUCGGGGAAAAGGAAUUCAACUUGAUGUCUUUCCCGUCAACUUGCCCUGCAAGGGUCCCAAAGCUGAACGGACGAGGAGUGGAAUAAUAUACCAUGCAGAAUUCACGGGAUUGGCCCUUCACGAUGACGGGAAACUACUAAGCCUGUACAUUGGAACGAGCAACGGCAACUUGUUUCGAGUACCGCUUCACAGGUCGGACCUACACAUUUGUAAACGGGGGCGCAUGUCAGCCAUUCCUUUCGUGGGCCUCAUGUUAAUAGUCUCCGUCACGGCAGGGUUUGUGGUAUUGGGAAUCGCUGCCGGCUUGAAGUUCAUGUUCAACCCCUGUAAAACCCAUAGCCCUCGAGCUCGCGAGGCGAAUCUAGAAAGCCAGCGGCCAACAACGGACUGCACUCCUUUCGACAUCUCAGGACUCAAGCCCUCGCGCCUCAAGCGGUUCCCCUUGCAAAUGCUGUUGGACUGCACUGGAAAUUUUAGUGACAGUUUACGGAUCGGGGAAAGAGGGGCGUUUGGAAAAGUCUAUAGGGGGUCGGUCGACGGCAUGGAGGUGGCAAUGAAGGUAAUGACGGGUGAGCUGACGGACACCAAGCGGAGUCAGUUUGUGGCGGAGGUGAACACACUCAGUGCAGUCAAUCAUGUCAAUCUGAUCCAGCUCAUCGGGUACUGCCUGGAGGGCAGUCAUUGCAUACUUGUGUACCCAUUCUUCCGAGGCGGCUGCUUGCACCGAAGGUUAUUCCCCAACGUUGGAAAGGGGACAGGGCAAACCUCUCUCGUCGAGGAACACACAGAAUCUCUUCCCCCGCUCACUCUUCAGGAGCGCAUGAGCGUCGCGUUCCAGAUAGCCAAGGGGCUCUGCUACCUACACGACGGUGCCAAGCCUCCCAUCAUCCAUCGUGACAUCAAGAGCAGCAACGUCCUUCUAGGAGAUGGGUGUGGGGAGACGCUCCAUGUCGUUCUCGCUGAUUUCGGAUUGGCUGCCAUUGGGGAGAGAGUGUUGGACACCGGCCACGACCAUAUUGUUCUGACGUCCCACAUCGGUGGCACAUUCGGGUACAUGUCACCUGAAUACAUGCUGAGAGGAGAGCUGUCGGAGAAGAAUGAUGUUUAUUCCUUUGGGGUGCUCGUAUUAGAGCUCCUGACGGGAAGGAAGGUGGCUGCACCAGCGCCUUCAGGGGUGGGAUGGGAGACGCUUGUCGAGUGGGUGAAGCCUUUCCUUCGAGGUGGAGGAGAAAACAUCCAAGACCAAGACCGGACAGUGGACAUGCCAUAUGCGAUCCUUGAUCCCUGGCUACGGGACCAAGCAGAGGGAGAUUCAAUGAAGCACCUGGUGAUGAGCACUAUCCAACUGGCUUGGGAAUGCGUCCACGAGGAAUAUGGGGCGAGGCCAGCAAUGCGCACAGUUAUUCAAGGCUUUCACAGCAUGUUUUUGGAAGUAGGGUGGGAGUCGCUGACCAAGACUACAGAUAUGGCGAACCUUUUUGACGAGUCACGAGCAGAGGAUGACGUCAGGGUCGAAGAUGACCGUGCGUCGCAAGCGGAUUGGGAUCUGCUCAGCGAACGAGGAAAAAAACUCCGACUGCAGAACCAUCGCAUGCGGCCAUUUCAGAUGCAAACAAAGGUCUAGUCCACGAAUGCAUCACAUGUGCAUUACAGGGUUAUCUUACUAUCUUGUAGUCUUCGGACCAGCUAGGUUUCACCAAGUCUCAGAGGGUGUGGAAGGGGACGUGGAAAGGGAGGCUCGACGGAUUAUAAGAGAGGGACUACCCAUCUAGAGGGGAAGGACUGUGGAGGAGGCUCUUUUCUGUUGAUUUGCUAUGGGAGAAUUAGUUCGGGAAAGGGUGCUGAACAAGCCUGGCAUUGUCUGGAAAUUGCCGGCUAGCCACUGCCGAAGCACGUGCAUGGUGCACUUCUUGGGGUGUUUGUUCUGUACCUGUCCAUGAUUCAGUUCAUUUCAGACAAGGCUAAGGCUAAUUCAGGAUCUGGUUCCUUCACUGGGAGUCUCGGAGGGGUAGGGUGCCUGCCUCGAUAGGAAAAGAAUUAGGCGGAGGGAACCCUACGUUUGUCUGGUUGGCGAUUCUACAUCCUGCAGCCCUGAACUUGGCACAGCAGCUAUGGAGAGUGCUGCUCCAUUGCAGUAGCUUGGGGCAUACUGGAAGAAAUGAGGUUGGUCAAGCAAGGAUGCCAGGCAGCAGGACGAAGUGUAUCCAAAGAUGGUAGGCUUGGUGACAUCAGCCUGUGCUCCGAUACAAGCAGGAAAGGGGUCCGGGUGGUGUGGAUGGUAUAGCAUCUAUAGAGAUGGUUGCCCUGUAAUCAUGACUCUUCUAGGAGUAGAGCCAGGGAAAGGUGGUACACUGAACCAUAACAAUUUACUCAAUUUACUCAGAGUGGCACAAGCAUGGUAGCUCAGUGGGUUAGAGCUGUGACAUUGAAACGGGGAGGUUGAGGGUUCGACUCUGUAGACCGUCAACCACCCCUGCGCACGAUCAGUUGGUGGUAGGUUGGCACGCCACAUAGUUGUCCCCCAGCCUAGUAGGGCGCAUAGACAGUCAGCUGAUGUAUUAUCUCAGUGGGUUGAACUGGAGUGCUGCAAGGGAGAGGUCGGGGGUUCUAUUCCAAUCAGCCUUUCGCAUCACAUAGUAUCAAUAUCUCUGAGGUGCAGGCAGGGAUCGGCCUUGUAGGCCUAGUGGAUUGGACGAUCUCACAGUAGUUGGUUACCUGAUGGCCUUGCUUGUAUGUGUAGGGGGGGGGGGGUUCAUGCAGGUGGGAUGGUGAUGGGGGAUUUGCAGCAGAGGGAUUGCCUGCCCCCCAUGACAAAUAGGACAGAGUAGGCUCAGUAGGCCCAGUUGAUCACAGAGGUCUUGGAGUGGGUGGUGGGCAUGUACCUUCUGAUGACCAAGAUGGAUCUGGGUCAUGCAAGACAGCUAGAACAACUGGAGGAAUCUUGCUGAUGACCGAGGAAUGAGGAUGGAUGGUGGUUUGUGAAAGGACGAGGCCAGAACGACACUGGUCGCGCUGCCCUGUAACUCGAGCUGUAUGGGGGCAUGAGACCUGGUAGAGAGAUCUGGCAAGUUGUCAAGGGUGGAAGGCACUCUAGUGUCUAUUGGUGAGCUGGUUUGGGGUUAUGGCUGUCUAAGUUUUUGUGUAGAUUGCAUAGCUAUCAUUUUCAGCAGAAUCCAGGUAAUGGCCCUGGUAUCUCAAAGUGUUCUGCAUAAAUUUCUCAAUGCGUUCUUGAAUGGGACGCUGGGCCCAGUUCCCAGCACGUGCUGCUCCCACGAAUAGAUUGGAGCAUGUCCUUAAAAAAAAAAAGAAAAAAAAAGGAUGGAUGGUGGCCAGGAACCUGGUGAUGACAGGGGAUAGAAUACCUUCAGAUGAUAAACAACAAACAAACACAAGCGACUGGA